AUGGCGGCUAACUGGUACACCGGUCACGCAGUUCGCCUUGCUUUAUGCUAAUAGAAUGGGCGGUCCUCCUAGCCCUGGCGAGGCAACGAGGAUAACCAGACCACAAAAAAGCUAAAACACGUUCAACAAGACGGCCCCAGUCCUCCGCCCGUCGGUCACGCGCCUCUCCGGUAUCGGGGGCUGCCUCUGCCGACGAGGGGCGAUCAAAUCUCGGAGCAACAGGAUACCAUAGAAACGGACUACGGACGCGCCACGGUGACUGUCUACGUUUCGGAACCCUCAACUGCCGCUCGCUCGCUUCCGAUGCAGCAAAAGAGCAAUUGCUCGCGGCAAACCGAAACGCACUCAUCGACAUAGUGGCGCUCCAGGAAACAAAAAUCUCAAGACACCAGCUGUAAGACUUGGCCAAACGGUGAACUUCUCAUCCUCGGCCACAAAGUCCCUGGGAAGAACGUCGGCGGCGUCGGUUUCCUCGUCAAUCGCUCGGUCCAACACCUCGUCGACUCGCACGAAAUCGUCAACGCCCGCCUCGGCAUCCUCCGACUCAACCUAGGGAAAAACGAGGAAGACUCACCAUCAUCAACGUCUACUCGCCGACCUCACCAGAAGCCGAAUCUAAGGCUAAAAGGGAAGAGAAGGAAAAAGGAACUUGACGAUUUCUACCGGAAGCUCGAGGAAACGAUCCAACGAGAGAAGGCGUACUACAUCUUCGUUCUGGGUGACUUCAACGCGAAGAUGGGCAAGUGCGCCACUCCCUCGAUUCGUCACGGGAAGCACGGACUCGGAAUUCGGAACGACAACGGAGAACGCCUAGCCGAACUUCUCGACUCCAGAAGGCUCUACCACGGCAACUCUCUCUUCGAGAAGCCUGAUCAGAGACGCUGGACCUGGAAAUCGCCCAACGGAGACACCAACAACGAGAUCGACCACAUUCUGGCCAACCGGAAAUGGUCUCUCCUCGACGUUGCCGUACUACCCAGUUUCGACGUUGGAUCCGACCAUCGACUCGUUCGCGCCAAGGUCCGUCUGAACCAGAAGUUCCUGAAGAAAGACUACCACCAGCCAUCGAGACCGAGAAGACCAACCUACGACAUCACCACGUUGGAGGAGAAGAUCUCGGAGCACGACUGGCAGCUUCUCGACGACCCGACAGCCGACUACGAAUCCCUCUGCGAUGGCCUCAUCAGAUGUGCAGAACCUGCAGCUCGACCAACCUCGUCUCUACCGCCGCGACUCGACCAACGAGCGAAAGAUCUGCUGCGAAGAAGAGGAGAAGUCAAACGAGACCCGCAGGCCACGCACCUGGAACGUCUGACGAUCGACAAAGCCUGCAGAAUGGCCGUGCAAGAGUCUCUAGCCAACCGACGCAGGAGUGCACUUCUUCAGACAGCUGAGAAACGUCAAAGCCUCAAGAAGAAGAAGUUCGAGCUCGUCGACGAGCGAACGGUGAUGACAGCACUGAAGGACGAGAACGGCCAGCUGAAGACGUCAAGGAACGAGAUGGAGCGCCUGACGGUCGACUUCUACACGAAACUCUUCCGAAGCGACGUUCCCGUCCCCAGAACACCAACGCCGCCACCAGAAGAUGAACCCCCUGAUCCUUCCCUGAAGAAGUCAAGUACGCCAUCAGGAAGCUGAAGGUCGGAACGGCCGCAGGACCCGACAACAUCUCAUCCGAACUGCUGAAGGCUGGAGGAGACUCGCUGUACCGACUACUUGCCCGGCACUUCUCCAAGUACCUGAGCGAAGCCUCUAUUCCUGAACAAUGGAAAACGUCCAAGACGAUCCUCAUUCCGAAGAAGGGCGACCUCACCGACCUGAACAACUUCAGACCGAUCUCCCUCUUAUCGGUCGUCUACAAGUUGUUCACCAAGGUCAUCGUCAACAGACUAGAGAAGCAACUCGACAACUUCCAACCGCCUUCGCAGGCUGGCUUCCGACGCAACUACUCUUGCCUCGACCACAUCCACGCCUUGACCCAGGUGGUGGAACGGCACCGGGAGCACCAGAUGCCACUUGCGUUGGCCUUCGUCGACUACUACAAGGCCUUUGACAGCGUGGAGAUCAACGCCGUCUUGAAUGCUCUUGCCUCCGCCGGAGUCGCCACGAAGUACGUCGAGCUGAUCGCCAACAGCAACGAGGGAACGUCCACGACCAUCCAGCUGUUCGACAAGAAGCUUUCGAUCCCCAUCAGGAAAGGUGUUCGCCAGGGAGAUACCAUCUCCCCCAAGUUGUUCUCCACGGCACUAGAAGACGCGAUGCGCCAACUUGGAUGGGACGAAGAGCACGACUGGGAAGACAGUACAGGCAUCAGAGGCAUCAACAUCGACGGCAAGGUCCUCACAAACCUCCGCUUCGCCGACGACAUCGUACUCUUCUCAAGCUCCACCACCGAACUUUCCUCUAUGCUGAACGAUCUGGACGAAGUCGGCAAGAAGAUCGGCCUUAAGAUGAACGUCAAGAAGACGCAGUGGAUGAAAAACCGCUUCUGCGACCAAGGCAAAGUCACCCUUGAGGGCCGCGACCUUCAGGAGGUCACAUCCUACAUCUACCUUGGCCGGGAAGUAAACAUGGUGAACGACCUGCAAGCAGAGAUCGGCAGACGCAAACGCGCUGGAUGGGCCGCCUUCAACUCCAUCAAAGAAGUCACCAGUCAGCUGAAAGACCCGAAACUGCGAGCUCACAUCUUCGAAGCGUCGAUAAUCCCUGCCAUCUCCUACGGUACCGAAGUUUGGCCUGACACGAAGAAAAAUGCAACCGCCCUACGAACUUCCUACCGCGCACUGGAACGUGCUCUCAUCGGCACCACUCGCUUCGAGCAGUGGAAAAAAGAACAGAGGAGCACAGACCUCCGUCAACUAUCCCAAAUCCGGGAUCUAGAAGAGCACAUACAACGCGGGAAACAUCGUUGGGGCGGCCACGUCAUCCGCAGACAAGACGACCGCUGGUCCACGAGAUUAACACUCUGGAUUCCGAGAAACAUCAAGCGCCCACUCGGGCGCCCACCGACUCAGAUGGACGGACUUCUUCCGCAAGAACAUCAGUCAGCCAGGCCGCCACUGGAUGACCGUCGCGCAAGACCGAGCCGCCUGGAGAACGUGUGGUCCACGCUGAGAACAUCAGCGAAGAUGGACCAUCAAAGUAUCAAAAGUAAGUAAGUAUUCAACGUCUUCUUUAAGCUGAGAAGUUAUUGAUAAAAAUCAUGGAAAAAAAUAUGCAACCGACUUUCGAUUUCUCUAUGGUUCAUAUAUCUGCUGACCUUUGCCUUUUUUGACACUUUUCGAGAAUAGUCAUUACAAAUUAUGAGUUUCAACAUAGAAAUUGCGCUUAGUACUGUAGAAUGAUACACAAUUAUGUCUAAGUGCGUUCAUAAUCACAAGUUCUCAGCUUCCUCAGAAAUUGCGACCACUUUUUAUAGCUUCUCAGCGAACAUUCCUCUAGGAUUUGGGCAGAUUGAUUCAACUCUUCUUCAGUUGUCUACUUCUAACUCCACUUUUUUUUUCGUUAUUUGCCGGCGUUCCAAGUUUUUGGAGAAAAAGUGAACCAUUAAUGAAUAAGUUCCUCAUGAGAACUUUGAAAGUUGAAGAUUGCGAUUUGGAAAUGAUCUUCUUCUUCUUCUUCAGCGUCCGUCCCGCUCGGUCGCGGGGUCCGCGAUUUGGAAAUGA